AUGUAACCCUAAGAAAAUUGGUUAGACAAUUCUAUAGAACCAUUUUAAAAGUUUGAAUAAGUAAAAUAUAGAUUAAUCUAAAGGCACAUGCUAAUUCUAUAGAAUGUUUGUAAUUUAAUCCUUCAAAUCAAUCAGAAUUGGCAACAGGUUCUCAUGAUAAAUUAAUAAAACUUUGGGAUGUUACUAAGUAAAAAGAAUUGUCUAAAUUUUCAGGACAUAAGUAUUAUUAAUUGAUUUAUUUAUAGAGAAGGAAUUUGGUCACUUAGUUAUUCACUUGAUGGAAAAUAAAUUUUUAGUGGAUCUCCUGAUAAAUCAAUUUUAGUUUGGGAUGCUAAAAGUGGAAAGAAUGUUUAAGCAUUAAAAGAACACAAAAAUAGAGUAUAAUAUAGAUUAAACAAAUAGAUUUAUUGGAUAUAAGUGAGUGACAAUGGAUUAUAUCUAGCAAGUGGAGGAUAAGAUGGGCAUUUAAUACUUUGGGAUUUACGAAAAUUGAAACUUAUAAAAGAUCUUUAAAGUAAUUUAAUCUAUAUUAAAUUAUAGUAUCCAUGGAUAUAGUUUACAAUAUUAAUUUCAGCCAAUAAAGUAAAUACUUUUUUACAGGAGAUUCAAUGGGAAUUAUUAAAGCUUAUGAUAGUUAAAAAAUAGAAGAAAUUUCAAAUACAAAACCUACUUAAAAGAAUAAAUGUUAUGCAAUUCAAUCAUUAAAAAUAUCAGAAGAUAAUUAUAAAUUAUUUGUAGCAUCAAAGGUAUAUUAAAUAUAUACAUUUUUUUAAAGAAUUAAAGUAUUAGUGAAUAUAAUUUUGAUGGUAAAAAGAAAGAAUUAACUAAGAUUAAUUAAUCUCCUGUUCAUUGUGAUAGUGUAUUAAAUAUUUUUAUUAUAAAAAUAGGUUCAUUGUUUGAAUUUUGAUAAGGAUAAAGGUAGAUUUGGAACUGGAGCUAGAGAUGGAGCAGCAAGGGUUUGGUAAACUGAAAGAAAUGGAGUUGUAUACAAUCCCUUAUUUAAUUUGAUUGGACAUAAAUAGAGAGUUACUGCAAUAGAAUUUCAUGGAACAGGUAAGAUGAUUGCUACUUGCAGUUGGGAUUAAAAUAUCCAUUUAUACAAAAUAUGAG